AUGGCUAUGUUGCUAAAGAAGCAGCAUGAUAAAGUCUGGAUCUUGACUGCACUGAAGAGCACAAGAAGCUACACUUGGGAAAGCUCCCCGGGGCUCACACCCGGCGCCGCGCGCCACCGGGACUCCUCAGGCCGCUGUAGCCCGCUCGCGCGGUUCUCUAGCCCAGCGGCGGGGAGCCCCGAGCUGAGGUAUCACCGUUAUCUCUACGCUGCGGGCCGCCUGGAAGAAGCCUCACCCCCAGACCGCGUGCAGCCCUCACCUGUCUGCCCAAAGGGUACUCGGCUCCAGCCAGAUCCGGAGCAGCAGCGCGCAGAGCCGGAAGUCCCGCCUCCCCGCGACGACACUGCGCCGCGCCCCUCGCUACUCGCGGAAGCGGAACCUGCUAGCAGGGCGCGCGGCGAGCAGGCUUGGCUAGAUUUGGUCCAGGAUCCGCCUAAGUGGGUCAAGACUUGCCAGUCCGAGCCAUACCGCCGCACCAGCAACAGGGCAACCACCGUAGCUGUGUCGACCCGCGCGGCUAAGAAGUCCUCUCAGGCACUUCUGAAAAGGCCUGUCCUCCCUUCUGACCCCGAAUCUCCUGCCCUCUAUCCUCGCCUACCCCAUCCACCUCCCUAUCCCUCUGCUCCUAUCUCCCCGGAUUCUACCUCACCCCUUAGCCCUUCUCAUACCCGAAGUGGUCACCCUUUUUCUCACCAGCCCCGCUCUCAGCCCCCUUCCUCGACCCUCUCCUCUGUGCCCGCUCCCCUUUUACCCCUCGGGGAGAUGAAAGAGGACUCCUCCCGCCCCUUUAUGAUUUAUGUCCCUUUCUCUACUAGCGACCUCUACAAUUGGAAAAACCAGAACCCGUCCUUUAGCCAGAAUCCCCAGGGGCUUAUUUCGCUUUUGGAGUCUGUUUUCUUCACUCACCAGCCGACUUGGGAUGAUUGUCAACAGUUGUUACAAACCCUCUUCACCUCAGAAGAGAGGGAAAGAAUUCAAGGUUUGGGCCGAAAACUAGUCCUGGGACCGGAUGGACAGCCCACCUCAGACCCGAACCGACAAGAAUAUGUUUUCCCUCUGACUCGACCCGCUUGGGACCCCAACUCAAAUCAAGGUAAGGAGGCUCUCGAUCAGUAUCGCCAGCUUCUUUUAGGGGCUAUGAGGGCAGCAGCUAGAAAGCCUACUAAUUUAUCUAAAGUCACUGAGGUUACUCAGGGAUCUGAGGAGUCUCCUGCUGCCUUCCUUGAACGCCUCCAAGAGGCCUACCGGAUCUAUACUCCUAUAGAUCCCGAGGCUCCUGAGAACCGAAGGGCCAUAAAUAUUGCCUUCGUGUCACAAUCAGCCCCAGAUAUCAGAAAGAAACUCCAAAGGAUGGAAGGAUGUGAGGGAAAAGCAUUAACAAAGUUGGUAGAAAUAGAACAAAAGGUAUUUAACAAUAGAGAAGAUCCGAGAGAACUAAAUAAACGUAUGGCCAAGGUCCUCAUAGCCAUGGGAGAAAAAAAUGGAUUGACAACUAAAAAGACCCCGGCCCCCCUGACUAAACAGAAGAGGUCAGCCCUUAGUAAAAAUCAGUGUGCCUAUUGCAAAGAGGAAGGACACUGGAAAAAUGAGUGGCUGAAGCAAAAACAAAAGGAAAGCAAGAGCCAAGUUCUGACAGCCGCUCCCGAAGUGGACUGA